UGAGGCUUGCUCUGCAGUUAAAAAACAACAUUUCGAAAUGGAAUUGCAGACCCGAUGUUUUCUCAUAUAAUGCCAUUAUAGAUACUCUUUGUAAAGGAGGUUUACUUGAUCAAGCUUUGGUUCUCUUCACUGAAAUGCUUCACGACUCCAAUGUUGUACCCGAUGUGGUUGCUUACACUAUUCUGAUUAACGGGUUUGGCAAUUCGGGCCGGCUGAAGGAAGCAAAGAGCUUCUUUGACGAGAUGGUUAGUAGAGGAAUCUCUGCAAAUCUAACAACUUACAAUUCUAUGAUUCAUGGUCAUUGUGUACGCGCUCAACAGGAGGAAGCAAGAAGAUAUUUUGAUGAAAUGAUGGAUCGUGGGAUUUCACCAGAUACAGUAACUUUUAAUAUCUUAGUAGAUUCACAUUGUAAAGAUGGGAUGACGGAAGAUGCUUGGGGGUUAUUCGAACUAAUGGUGAAGAUAAACAUACAACCGAAUCGGAUUACUUAUAAUUCAUUGAUGGAUGGCCUGUGUUUAGUAGGUCGUUUGCAAGAUGCGGUGAAAGUGUUUGACUCGAUGGUUGAUAAGGGCCUUGAACCGAAUGAGUUUAGUUGGAAUAUAUUAAUUGAUGGGUGCUGCAAGAAUCGUCAGUUGGAUGGAGCUAUGCAGCUAUUUAAGAAAAUGAAACAAAAUGGAUUGAAACCCACAACAAUUACCUACAGUGUACUAUUAAGGGGACUAUACCGAGAUGGAAGAGUUAGGGCUGCAGGGAAUUUGUUUAAUGAGAUGCAAACUUUUGGUUUAUCUCUAAAUGAAGUUACAUAUGCUACAUUGUUGGAUGGACUCUGCAAUAAUGGAAAAAUUGACGAAGCAGUAGAUUUGUUUGGGUCCCUGGAAACUACUGGUAACUUAAUUAACAUUUUCAUGUACAGCAUUCUUAUUCAUGGUUUGUUUCAGGCUGGCAAGCUGGAAGAUGCUAGAAAGCUGUUUGAUAAAAUUCCAAGAAAUCUGGAACUAUUGAGAUCACUUUCUCUCAUGGGUGGAAGCAGCAACAGUUGAGAGGGUAACUGGGUUGUAAGAGCCCGCCACUACCGAAGGCACACCAUGGCUUGUAUUUCCUUGUUAAAAAGUUGUACAGGAGCAAUUAGCCAUCCAACACCAUGGUCUAAGAGCAAGCACUUGGCUUUUUACAAUGCAGAAUACAAGUGUCAUGCAGCAGCAGUGUAUUGGAAUUCUCAAUUACAGUAAGUGUUAGUUACCCAACUUACUUCAUUACGCAUAUAUCUCAAGUGACCAACUAGUGUAACAUAAAGAUGCACCAACUGUUAAUAUCAGUAAGGGUUGAUGGCGGUCUCUCUCUUGCUUAUUUGCUACCAGUUUAUUAGUUGGUAAGUGAUUUUUUGAUAUUCAAGUGCUCCAACUGGGACUUAUUUAUGUCUCCCAGAAUUUCACAAUUUUGUUUUUGCACUUUCAGAAAUCUGAUAUGAAGUGUUUACUGAGCUUUUGACGAUACUUUUUUGCUAGUUCAUUAUAUUAUAGAAACGGGUUUAGUAUAUUAAGUGUUUUGACAAAUGGUAUAUCAUUUUGGUUUAUCAGAGUUCAUGCAAAAAGCAGCAUUCAUCAAAUAUUACAAAUCUGCUUGUUAGAUUCAAGGUAUGUAAAUUUUACCCACUGUUGGCGUAGACUACUCAUGACUUGUGCUGCAGGAUACGGGUUUAUAGUCAGAAGAAGCAGUGGUGAAUAUAUGAUAUCUGUUGCAUGUGAUCUGGGCGUGGCAACAAAUAAAUUUGCAGAGAUAAUAGCAGUAUUAUGUGCAGGUGAAUGGGCAGUCUUGAAUCAGUAUCAUCUGAUUCUAAAGGCUGCUAGUGGUAACUGGGAACCACCCUGGUUUGCAGUUUCAAAAUUGAAUAAAAUUUGUGAGAGUCUGACAGAGAUUGAACUUUACGGAGAGACAAGCCAGCUAAGAAGGGUGGAAGUUUAGCUAGAGGUGAGGUUAAUGUGCACAGUCCUAGGCCUCUGUUAGCAGGCACCAGUUUCUACGAACAGUCCUCUACGCGUUUCAUUUGGGGUCCAAUCCCAUCUAAAACCGACCUAUAAAAUCCCACCAUUUCUCAUCUCCAAAACAAUCAAAAACAUUUCUGAAUCAAAUUCAUGGCUCAAAGAGAUAAAGAAGAAACAGAAAUGAAGGUUUCUGAAUCCUUAUCACUUUGCAUCAACAACUGUGGAUCCUCAGGUAAUCCGGCUACCAAGAACAUGUGUCAAAGUUGUUACAAAGUCUCCACCGGGAUUAUCAAACCAUCACCAGCUCUGACGAGAUCUAGCUUUGUAAGGUUGCCGGAGCGAUCGGAUUAUCAACGGAGAGAUCUAAUUACAGAAGAGAAGAAAGAAAUUGAUGACGAUGAUAAAGUCAAGAAUGAUAAGGAAACAAUUAAGAUUGUUGAGAAGAGGCAGGAGGUGAAUCGGUGUUCAGGUUGCAGGAGGAAAGUAGGAUUGACCGGAUUUAGUUGUCGUUGCGGUGAUAUGUUCUGUUGGGAGCAUAGAUAUUCCGAUCGACAUGAUUGUAGUUUUGAUUAUAAAGCUGCUGGUAGAGAGAGUAUUGCUCGUCAAAAACCUGUUGUUAAAGCUGCUAAGAUUAUUAGACUCUAAAUUCAUUUACAAAAAGAGAAAAAAAAUUGUUGUUGAAGUCGAAAUUUGAUGCAUGAAUAUGUAGAAAUUUUAUAUGAAUGCGAAAAAAAAUAAAAAGAGAAACUGUUUUUGUUUUGUUGA